CCGACAAAUGGGUCGUGCACCCUGAAGCUCAACUCAUUGGCGAACGCUAGAGAAGAGGAAAGAAACCAUUUUUGCGAGAAAAAAAAAAUUAGCUGCGAUGGAGAGAAAAAGGAGCAGAGAGGAAAGAGAACGUGUAGGCGGCGACCACCCUCCUCCUCCUCCCCCUAGAUCCUCCGGUCGUCCUCUUCCUCCUCCUCCGCCUCUUUCUGCUCGUGGUCUACCUGCUCCUCCUCCUCGUGCCCGAUUUCAGCCUGUUGAUCGUGAAAAGACUUGUCCGUUGUUGCUUCGAGUUUUCACCAAGAUUGGAGGCCAUCAUACCCAAGAAGAUUUUUCCCUGAGAGGCAAGGAGCCAAAGGAUGAGGUUCAAAUAUAUACUUGGAUGGAUGCUACUCUUCGAGAGUUGACUGAUCUUGUGAAAGAAGUGUCCCCAGCUGCCAGAAGACGAGAUGCAAAGUUGUCAUUUGCAGUUGUAUAUCCGGACAAAAAUGGCCGCAUGCAAGUGAAGAAGGUGGGUGAGACAUUCUCAAAUGCAAAUAAGAGACGCUUAGAUGACAACAAAGCCUUGGCCGAGAUAUACUUCCAGAUUGGAGAUUACUUGGAUGUAUCGAUCGAAUAGGGCACGGAUGGCGUACAUGCUUUUAGCCUGCGUUAUUCAUAGCUCUUUACUCGGCUGAAUUGGCGUCUGUUAUGCCUGAAAUUUGGCGUGUAGAGCAGUUCUUAUUCCUGCCAAUGAUCUCCUUUUUUAAGUAGUCUGUUUUGAGAGUAUGAAUUGUAUUGAUAACUUGUAUCCAAAUUCAAAGAUCAACGUGAUAGUUUUAUUUUCAUUCCCAA